AAUAGUAGUAUAUUUGAACAGGUGAAUCACAAAUCUUACUCAUUUCCCCCUCUAUCUUACUCUUUUCAUCUCUUCAAAAGUGGGGAUAAUAAAAUAUGUUGUAAUAUUUUUCAUUUUGAUGUCAUAUUGUAUCUAGUUAUGGUAUUUCUUCGCACAAUACAGAAUUUACAAUUGUCAAUAUUAUCUUGGAAAAAUUUAUCAUCCAAAAUGGACAAAGUUGCUACCAGUAUACAUUCUAGCGUGGAUGCUGAAGUAUUUGAUGUUCCUAUGAACGUUAUCAUUAGACCAUUUCCUCCAGAUGUUAAUGAAGAAAAGGUUCAAAGUUUAAUAAAUACUUUAAACAAUCCAGAAACGGAAUCCUUAGUACCACCAAUUGAUAUAUUAUGGAUUAAAGGCAGUGAAGGCGGAGAUUACUAUUAUUCUUUUGGUGGUUGUCAUCGGUAUACCGCUCAUAAACGAAUUAACAAACCGUUUAUAAAAGCAAAAUUAAUUAAAUCUACUGUAACAGACUUGCGGGCCUAUCUUGGAAAUUCUACUCCUAAUCUGAAAUAAAUAUGACAUAGAAAAA